CUCGGCAGAUUAUGCAAAUAAAGAGUUGGGCGGGGCUAGACCGCAGCCGCGCAGGUAGGGGAGGGUCCGGCGCAGCGGGGAGCGGCGCGGACGGGUUGCGGCUGGCACCAUGCUCACACUGCCGCCCGGGCUGAGCGAGGAGGAGGAGGCCCUGCAGAGGAAGUUCGCCAAGCUCAAGAAGAAGAAGAAGGCACUGAUGGCUCUGAAGAAGCAGCAGAACUCAACCAGCCAGGCCAGCCAAGGCGGCAUCAAGCGCUCCAUCUCAGACCAGCCGGCAGUGGACACAGCCACAGCCACUGAACAGGCCAAGAUGUUGGUGAAGACCGGAGCCAUCAGCGCUAUCAAGGCCGAGAACAAGAACUCGGGCUUCAAGCGCUCCCGCACCCUGGAGGGCAAACUCAAGGACCCAGAGAAGGGCCCAGCCCCGACGUUCCAGCCUUUCCAGCGCAGCAUCUCGGCUGACGAUGACUCACAAGAGUCCCGGCGCCCCCAGAGGAAGUCGCUCUAUGACAGAGAUUUCCCUCCCCUCCCCAUGACCUUACUUCUUCCAGGAGACUCCACCCACCAGGGACCACCGCGGCUGCGGGAGAGCGAGGAGGACGGGCCCCGCGGGGGCGACAAGGACCCUGAGCGUGGCGAGGGGCCCCGCAGCGCCUAUGACUGGGACCGUGGCCGGGACCGUGACCGUGAUCGAGACCGGGAUCGCGACCGCAGCCGCGACCGCAGCCGAGACCGGGACCGUGAUCGUGACCGUGACCGUGACAGCAGCUUCCGCCGCUCAGACUCGUUCCCAGACCGGCGGGCUCCACGCAAGGGGAACACAGUUUACGUCUAUGGGGCCGACAUGACGCAGGCACUGCUGCGUUCUGCCUUCACCCCCUUUGGCACCAUCAUCGACAUCUCUAUGGACAACCCCCGCAACUGCGCCUUCGUUACUUAUGAGAAGAUGGAGUCAGCUGAUCAGGCCAUUGCUGAGCUGAAUGGAGCAGUGGUGGAGGACGUGCAGCUCAAAGUGAGCAUUGCCCGCAAGCAGCCCAUGCUGGACGCUGCCACCGGCAAGUCGGUCUGGGGGUCGCUGGCCGUCAAGAACAGCGCCAAGGGCUCCCACCGCGACAAGCGCACCCAAGUCGUCUACAACGAGGACCUAUUCUGACUUCCCCCCCCCUGCUUGCUGGGGUCUUGUUUGUAUCUCCGUUUGCUAAUUAGAGUCAUUAAAGGAACCUUCCUGUGCCUCUUUCCUUGAGCUCCAAU